AUGAUCUGGAUACAGCGUCUGAAAAGUCGUUUCAAUAGAAGCAAGCGGAAGGCCAAGCUGACAGCAGAAGGUUUAUUAGAACUGAAGCUGAAGCCAGUUGAUAAGCAGAGUAAAGAGACCUUUAAGCCUUUAAAGACACUUUCCAAAAGAGCCAGAAAGGUAUUAAAAAGACUACAUAGGAGACUGGAAAAAGAACACAAAAAGCUGUUAUAUUUCUCCAAGGCUUUACUGACAAAAGUUGUUCUGGAUCCUCUGCAAUCAAAGUCUUUGAAAGGUCAUAGCGGUAAAGCAUUGAAAUCAACAAACCGUGCUGAAAAGACAUCAGACCCAGAUAAAAAUGUAUCUAAAAAGGAUUAUCCUAAUAUGGUGCCCAAAAAGGUUAGAUUUCAAGACCAUUUCAUCACUUUACCUGCAGUGGAACAGCUUAUUGAACCUAUGGUAGUUGACCAUACACAAAAACAUUCAGAUCCACAACUUGAAAAGCUGGAGUUGAAGAAUGAUGAGCAUCAAUUAUAUUCAAUUCUCAAAGUCUGGUUUAAGCUCUUCUUUGAAACUUGUAUUGCUUUCUGGUAUAGAGUUCCUGUGUUCUUCUUUUUCAAAAUGUUUUUAAGCCAUCCAUUUGAUUAUUUAUUACACCCAAGCUCAAUUUUCCAAGAGUUCCCAUUUGGCCUGACCUAUAAAUCAGCUGCUGAAGUCUUUGGUGAGAAGAUGUAUCUUAUAUAUGGUGAACAUCUAUCAAACUAUUUAAUCCUUUACCUUUUUUUUGCGGUUCUUUUCCAGGUUUUGGGGCUGAAAGAGCUUAUUCGUUUGAUGUUCCUAUCGUGGAUAUGUCCCAAUUCCAUAACUAUAAUCAUGAAGUUCAGAGCAUAA